UACCCAGGUGAUCGCACACCGUGCCUGUGCUGAUUGUAAACAAACCCUUCGUGACGGCUAGAACCGGAUUCAGGAUUACAGACCAAGAUUGACAGUCAAGGAUGGGGCGUCGCGCAAAGGUUGCUGUGUGCACCCUGAACCAGUGGGCGCUGGACUUUGAGGGCAACUGUAGAAGGAUCAUUCGCAGCAUUGAAGAGGCAAAGCUCAAUGGAGCCCGUUUCAGAAGCGGUCCUGAGUUGGAAAUUUGCGGGUACAGUUGCGAGGACCAUUUCUAUGAGGGAGACACCCUGCUGCAUUCAUGGGAGGUUCUAGCAAACCUCAUCGACCACCCCUCGUCCCUAGACAUUAUUAUUGAUGUUGGAAUGCCUGUGAUGCACAAAAAUGUUACCUACAAUUGCAGAGUUAUCUUUUUGAACAGAAAAGUUCUGCUUAUUCGUCCUAAGAUUAUGCUAUGUGAUGAUGGCAACUACAGGGAGUCUCGUUGGUUUACCCCUUGGAAGAAGGUUAGAGAGGUUGAAGAGUAUCACGUGCCUCGCAUGAUCCGCCAGAUAACUGGUCAAGAGACAGUUCCUUUUGGGGAUGCUGUUAUUUCAACCAGAGAUACGUGCAUCGGCUUUGAAAUCUGCGAGGAACUGUGGAACCCUAUGAGCUCUCAUAUUGCAAUGGGCUUAGAUGGGGUUGAGCUCUUUGUCAACAGCUCUGGCUCUUACAUGGAGCUGCGAAAAGCGUAUGUGGCUGUUGACCUGAUCACCCUGGCCAGCAGGAAGAGCGGAGGGUGCUACUUGUUCAGCAAUCUGAGGGGUUGUGAUGGACAGAGGGUGUAUUUCAAUGGCUGCUCGUGCAUUGGUCUGAAUGGGGACAUCGUCGCCAGGGGUAGCCAAUACGACCUGAAGGAUGUUGAGUUGGUUGUUGCCACAAUUGAUUUGGAGGACAUUCGCACCUACAGGAAUCUGCUGAGAUCCAGGUGCCAAGUUGCUGCAAGCAGUCCCUCCUACCCCAGGGUGAAGGCUGAGUUUGACCUUUCACCUAAUGACAUCUUGGGACUGGCUGCUCCCAUAUGCCAAGCGAUUAAGUGGGAGUACCACGCGCCUGAAGAGGAAAUCGCUCUCGGGCCUGCCUGCUGGCUGUGGGACUACCUUAGGCGCUCUGGGCAGGGCGGCUACUUUUUGCCUUUGAGUGGUGGCGUUGAUUCCGCCAGCACUGCCUGCAUCGUGCAUUCCAUGUGUCGUCUGGUAGUGAGCUCUGUUUCUCGUGGAGACACGCAGGUGCUUAGUGACGUUCGCAACCUUGUGUCUGAUCAGUCAUACGUCCCGAUGGACCCAAAAGAACUGUGCAAGAGAAUUUUCUUCACCUGCUACAUGGCUACUGAAAACUCCUCUGAUGACACCAAAAACAGAGCUGCCAAUCUAGCAGAGCAAGUUGGAAGCUAUCACUUCAACAUCAAUUUCAUGAGAGUGGUCGAUGCGGUUUUGUUUGUCUUCACAUCGGUCACUGGAAAGUCCCCUAUUUAUGGAUCCCGUGGAGGUACUCCUAGGGAAAAUUUGGCUCUUCAAAAUAUUCAGGCUCGGCUUCGGAUGGUGAUGGCUUACUUGUUCGCGCAGCUGAUGCUCUGGGUUCAGAACAGACCAGGAGGUUUGUUGGUUCUUGGCUCCGCAAACGUGGACGAAGCUCUUCGAGGCUACAUGACCAAGUACGACUGCUCCAGCGCAGACGUCAACCCAAUCGGAGGCAUUUCCAAGGGCGAUCUCAAGCAUUUCUUGCAUUAUGCCAUGUUAAAGUUUGAUUUACCAAUUCUGAAAGAAAUUGUCGGUGCCCCACCAACCGCAGAACUGGAGCCGCUUGUUGGCAACAAAAUCGCACAGACUGACGAGCAGGACAUGGGCAUGACAUACGUAGAACUCGGCCAGUAUGGUCGCCUGAGGAAGCAGUUGUGUUGCGGUCCGUUUUCCAUGUUCUGCAAGCUCACUGAGACGUGGAGCAAGAGUUGCUCUGCUGAGGAAGUUGCUGCCAAGGUGAAGCACUUCUAUCGCUGCUACGCCAUCAACCGCCACAAGAUGACUGUUCUCACUCCAUCGUAUCACGCUGAAACAUACUCUCCAGAUGACAAUCGGUUCGACUUGAGACCAUUCCUGUACAACAACAAGUGGACCUGGCAGUUCAGAGCCAUUGACAAUCACGUGAAAGAAGUGAAGUCUGCACUUACCAGUCCCAGGAAAGAGUCGGGCGCAGUGCCGAAGUAUUCCUCAUUGUCUCGAGAGAGCUCAGGUGAAAAGGAAUCUGCUUCAAGUUAAUUACUCUCAAGGUACCUAUAAAGGAGGGAGCAAGGGUCGUCCUGGAGGAGUAGAAGUGUGAGUAGACAAACGAUUGUCGUAAUGGAUGUUAUUUUUUUCUGUCAUUAGAGUGACAAAGAAAAGUCUUUAUAUUAAUAUCGUCACUUUAUUG